GAGUUAUAUGUCGCUGGAAAUGACAGUCCGAUCAACUGGCGCGACUAACCUUAAAUACACAUUGUUUUUAACUGCAUUUUCCACAAGGUAUGUGAUGUUUUAACAUUAAGCAAGUUACUGUGCAGAUCUGGGGACCCACAUCGGCAAUAAACCCGAUUAUUUGUUCUCUGUAUAUUGCUUAUAAGAUUCACACUGGUUUAUGGCAUGUUGACUGACGAGGUCAUAGAUGAGGACAUUGAGGCACUUCUGUAUGCUCAGAUAUAUUAUGGGAAAUCUGAUCAUAUCGAAGCGACCCAGCCAGCUGAAUAUCAGAACGAUCCAAGACCGUCAUCGUCAGGGAGUCAAAAUGAUUUAGCAUCUUUGGAAAGACCUAGUACAGGGCUUGGAUUACCAAUAGAUCCUCCAGAGGAGCUGCCUCAAAUCGAUCAGACUGACUCGACCCCUGCGCCACUUCAAGGCUCAAUUUCGUCAAUUGCGGAGCUUGAUAGUGGUGGGUACAUUCCACUAGGUGUGUCUUCAAGUAGCACAAUUCACACCUAUACACAAACCCACAAAGUCCCGAGAGCACCGAGACGAGUGAGAAACAUCAGAAUCCGUCAGUGUAUUUUACCUAGCAAGCACUUUUGGAAUCGAUUAAAAAACUACAAAGACUUAUGGACCAAUCAGUGUGAGGCUGAUUUAAAAAGAUUUGAAGCCGGCAAGCUGUCUGAAAAAGUAUUUUUCAACAAGCUAAACAAGAGGUUUUCAAAUCGACUUAAUAAUCAAAUAACAAAGAAAAACAAACAAGAGCAGUGCAGGUCGUACAUUUUAAACAAGCAACAGGGGCCGGCCAGGAGUGAAGUAAUUAGCUUACUCAGCGACAGUGAUGAUAGUUCGGGUGUAGAGGUUACUGACUGGCAACCCGACAUGAAUAGGGACUGUGCUAACGAACAGGUUGAGGUGGCCAGCAGUAUGCCACGAGAGGAGCAACCUGAACAUUAUGAUAAUGAUGAAGACGAUGACGAUAUUGUAUAUAUAGAACCACCCCCAGUGCCUUUCAUCAACUUGGAAGACGACGACGAUGAUGAUGAAGAAGAAAAACAACCUGAAGAUGUCCCACCAAACAAACUGUCUCAAGAGUUUGAAGACUGCUCCAACGAUUUUUUGGUGCCGACCACAAGCUCGGAAAAAUUUAAUUUCAGCCUGCACGGGUCCGAUUUUCAGGAUGUUGAAUUCGCUCGGCCUGCCCAGCCCACCGACGUCUAUGAAACUGAAAGUAGCACCAGUACAUCAGAAAUGCCCAAGGAUUUCAACAAUAGCGUAAAAACUAUUGUUUUUAAUGAAAUCGAUUUUCCUAGAGAGGAUCUGUUUGAAGAGGACAAUUUGGACAAGUUUAGGGAACUCAUUGGUCCAAUGAAUACUGAAGUCGUGGAAGCUCAGAAGGCCGGUAAAGUUAUUAAGCCUUUACACCAAAGAGAUUCGUCGAGCAGCUCCGAGAGCGACUAUGCGGCGACGACUUUGCAUCAGAACUUGCCCUACUUAUCGCCUAUGCAAGUUCUAUCCAAAAAACACAGACCGUCCUCUAAGCAUAAGAACAGCUCUUCCGAAUUGGAGGAGGAUGACGUUGCUUUUUCGACACCGGUUAAAAAAUUAAAGAAGCACGACUCAAUGCUUGGCUCAGAAGUUGUUGAAGGCGGUGUGAAGAAAGUGAGAAAAAAGAAGAAAAAACUGGCUGUUAAAGAUGUCAAAGAAACAGAGGUAGUAGGCAGUUUCCAACCUAAUGAUCAGACGAAAACGGAUGUGGUUGAUGCACCUCGAAAAGCGAAACGAAAAAAAAAGCGUCGAAGAAGUGGCAGUCCGGUGGAAGUCGAAGUUAAUCAUGACCCAGACGUUUUGAUUAACACUGAAGACACUGUAAAGAAAAAGUCGAAGAAGCGAAAGGAAACCGUGGCAAAUAUUGAUGUCAUCACCACAUAUGAACUACUGGAGAAUCAGUGUUUCGAGAAGAGCCCCAAAAAGAAAAAAUCGAAGAAAAAGAGAUUGUCCUCAGCAACCAAAUCAUGGUCUGAUGGUCAAGAGGCUCCGCCAGAUAAAAAUGUCGAACAAGAUGUUGUGGAGCAAAUAGUCGAAAAAGGCCAGAAUUGUGUAGAUGAAAAUGAAGAAAGCGCCGGAAGGAAAGAAAUGGAAGGUCAGUUAAUCGAUGUAAUAGAUCUUAACACCUCAGAGUUGGACGACCAAGACCCAGAGCGUGACAAGUUUGAUGAAAGUGACGAUGUGAUUCUUAUAGAGAAAGAAAUUCCGAUACAUACAAUAGAGUCUUCCGAUUCGGAAGUAGAGAACGAAUCCGGCUGUUUUUCGACGGUUGCAGAAGAACUGCAUUUAGCGAAUGUGCAGCUCAUUACCGAUCGACUUCCUGAAAUCCUGCAAGAUCCCAAGUACGAUAUCGAUUUCAUACAGAGCAAAAUGUCAGAUGAUCCGGAAAAGUGGAAAAUCCUUCCAGCCGAUCAGCAGAUAAUAAGUGUCGAAAGUGGUGGACCACGUUGCAGACGUUGUAGAGAACGGGGACACAUUUCCCAACACUGCAGGAACAGGUUAAGAAUUCCGAGCUGCUCAAUGUGCGGCUUUCAGGGCCAUCAGGAGCCUAGAUGUCCUCACAAAAUCUGUUUGAAUUGCGGUAAGCGCAGCAGCUAUACAACAACCUCUUGCAUGAAGUGCGCCAACCAGAUAAAUUACGGAAUUUGUUACGUGUGCAAAUUGCCCGGCCAUAUGGGCAACUCGUGUCCAGAUCUUUGGAGGCGAUAUUAUUUAACAAUUAAAGCGGGCCCGAUUGUAAAGCCCGAGAAAGCCGAUGUUCGACCAAGAGAACGGCAAUGGUGUUCCGGGUGCAGCAGAAAUGGUCAUUUCGAGUUUGAGUGCACAAGCUGCAAUUGGAUAAGGGAAUACCCUAUAACGACACCAUUCAUAUGCAGUUUCAAAGAUGUAUACCCGCACUCAAGUAAAAGAGAACGGACAAACGUCGAUAGUAAUUCGGAAGUUCCAAAAACCACUCAAGGGCAUGGACCGGUUGUUGAAAAUGCUACCAAACUAGCGUCCACAAUCUCCGAUUCUAAAGUUGCUGCGGAAUCUCAAGCAGAAUCAGCUAAAUCAAUUUGCCCGGCCAGUGAGAGUUGUUCCACUACCACUGAGCAAGACCCUGCAAGAUCACCAACUGCAAGUAGAUCUCCGAUUUUCACCAGGGAUUUGCGAGCCAAUCGUCGCGACCGCGAGCUAGCGAAUCAAGCUGGGAAACCGAGACUAAAUCCUCUUUCCGUGAUGCAAGAUCGAUGUUUGACCACCGAAUCCACCCAAUACAAACCUUAUCAAAGCGUACUGAAUCCUUGCUCUGUGCUGGGGGCCUGCUCGCCUGCCAGUGUGAAUAGAGAACUUCCGAUUCCAAAUGAAUCGUUUGGUAUUGACAUCAACCCAUUAUCAAAUGUGAUGGAAGGUGGCGGACCAUUUCAGCCGAUAUUCAAUGGGGCGCCACUACAAAUGAACUACGAAACGCCUGCUAUGAACUAUUUGCCUCCAAAUCGGAUUCGUUAUGGAAGAAAUAUGCAGAUUCCUCCUAAUCCUGCUAUAAGGCUAAUGGGAAAUGCUGCCCAAGACUACAAUGAGUACGCUGACUUUACCUUCGAUAACCGGUACUUCGACUAUUCAGCAUUAGGCGCAACCAACUGUUAUGUGGAUUUCGAACAGCCAUCGGCCUCAUCCAUGGCACCCGGAUGCGAGAACGAACCGAACUCCGUUCUUCUAGUGGAUGAGUUUGAAAAGCAUUUCAAUGUAGAGCACGCGGUAGCCGAAGUGUUCGGUCGCAGUCCGAUGAGCGAGUUAAAGAACUUUAUUGUCGCGGAAAUAGACAAACUGGACAAACUAAGUGUUCGCCAUGUCAGUGUGUACAAAAACAUGCUCCUUAACAUCGAACAGUUAAAAAGUGGUGUGCAAAGUGAUUCGGUGCGACAUCAGAUCUAUUCGCUGUACAAGAGCUUGAACAUGUUCCUGUUUGGCGUGCACAAGCUCAGCAAUGGCGUUCGGAAUUUGAACUUUUUACAGAAUUUUGUGUACAAUACAGGUCGCGGGCUGCAAGACAAGAAACGGGCAGACCUGGUCAAGGCCUACGGGUAUAUUUACGGUGGUGAACAUGCGAACUUUAAUUACAGAAAGGGUUUGAAUAGUCUAGUAUUCGGACAGGGCGCUGAUAAGAGGAAACAUUUUUCUUGAAGAGACGCAUGUUAUGACCUCCGUGGUGAAGAAUGUUUAUUUCAUUGAAUGAAAUGACUCGCUUUUGCACGCUUAAGCAAUGCUACCAUAAGGAUGCAUGCAAGUUGGGUAGGAAAUCACAAAAAUGUGUUUAUUUUGUGGGUGGUAAUUAAUGUAAGUAAAGCGAUAUUUAGUUUGGCAUUAAACAAUUUCUUUCUCAAAA